AUAAAAACAAAAGAAUUUUAACUUCUUGAUUAUUGUUUUGUUCACCUCAUCCAUCAUCUAUUUCAUAUUAAUUUCAAUGCAAUUGCAAAUCUUCUAGCUAAAAGUGUUUUCUUUUUUACUUAUCUAAUGACUAAUUAUUAUUAAUAUAAAUAUAGAAAAUUUAACAAAUUAUAAAAUUUAAAAUCGAGAAAAGCUGCAAAUUAAUAGGUCUGGUCUGGUGCAAACAACUUAUUAAAUACAAAUGGAUGAAGCCAAUAGAAACUCUGGUGAUGCUGGUCCCCAGACCAGUGAUCGUAGUCAGUUAAUAGAUCCGAUAUUGACCUCCACUGCCAAUGACCAAUUUAAGGCUUUGAAAACUGUACCGGCUUUUAGCAUUCACUUACUUAUAUCAACAGCAAUAUCCUUUACUGGUGUUCUAUUGGCGAUGGCUUCGCCACCCGAAAAAAGAUGCAAUGCCUAUUUUACUAUGCUCUAUUUGCGUGCUGCGUUCUGGGUUAUAACCUAUCUAUUCGACCACUACGUCAAGCAUCAACAUGAACAACUACGUCUAAAUGGUUACCACGAUUUUCAUCGUUCUACUGCAAUGCACAAAGGAGUGCCUCUCCAUGUUGUUUCUCUUUGGAAUACUGCAAUUCUAGCGGUGCAGGCUAUGAUGCAACACUACUAUGGUGAACAUUUUGGCGAACAUUGUCUUGAAGGAUUCCUCUCACCUAUUACCUACAUAACUGCAUUUAAUGUUGUGGAAACAAUUGUUCUCGGUUGCAUAAAUGGAAAUUAUAUUGUUCGAGUGAGAAAAUUCAACAAGAGUGGUCAGCCACCUGAUGCUCUUACUGGCACCAGCUGUAAUGAAGGAUCUUUGGGACUUCUUCAAUCAAGGAGUAAUACUGCUGAGUUAUUAGAAAAACAAGCUGAUCUUAUAAACUUUCUUAAGGAUCACAAUUUAAAGCUUAAUCAGAAGCUUAUGCAAUUGAAUGCUCAAGUUCGAACUGUUCAUAUAAAUUAAAGCAGAACAAGUGAUAAUUGACAAUAAUAAUAAUAAUUGUUCUGCUACUUAUUAACUCCCACUUUUGUCAUAAAGUUUUAUAGUGUCAUACAAACAUUGCUCUGUGGGUUGGAUUAUUGUUUAAAAAAAAAAGAAAAACAAAUGUGUACUACUCGUAUUUAAGUUUUAUUUAACGUACAUAUACAAUUUACAAUCUGCUGAAUAAAUCAUUAAUAUUUUUACUAAAGAA